GCCGCCAUGUUCGGCUGUGUGGAGGCGGCGGCGGCGGCGGCGCCUCGGCGGCUGCACGACGUGACGAACCGCGGGGGCUGCGCUCUACGCAGGGUCCCGGUGCCCGCCGGCUGCGGCGGCCCCGCCCGCAGAGCCCUGGAGCCCUCCCCUGGGCAAGUUUUGGGGGACACGGCCCCCCCCUCACCACUGCCUCCCCCCCGUGUGCACAAGCCUUGCUUUGUGUGCAGCGAUCGCAGCUCUGGGUACCACUACGGAGUGAGCUCCUGCGAGGGCUGCAAGGGUUUUUUCAGGCGGAGCAUCCAGAAGAACAUGGUGUACACGUGUCACCGGGAGCGGAACUGCCAGAUCGACAAGGUCACCCGGAACCGGUGCCAGUUCUGCCGCCUCCAGAAGUGCUUCCAGGUCGGAAUGUCCAAGGAAGCUGUGCAGAAUGACCGGAACAAGAGGAAGAAGGAGGUGAAGGAGGAUUUGGGAGGGGAUGAGCUGAGCCCUGAGCUGGCUGAGCUGGUGCGGAGGGUCAGCAGAGCCCACCAGGAGACUUUCCCUUCUCUGGGCCAGCUGGGCAAGUACACCACGAACUCAAGCGCUGACCACCGGGUACAGCUGGACCUGGGGCUGUGGGACAAGUUCAGCGAAUUGGCCACCAAGUGCAUCAUCAAGAUUGUGGAGUUUGCGAAGCGGCUCCCGGGCUUCACAGGGCUCAGCAUGGCUGACCAGAUCACUCUGCUCAAGGCCGCCUGCCUUGACAUCCUGAUGCUGCGGAUCUGCACCCGCUACACACCGGAGCAGGACACGAUGACGUUCUCGGAUGGGCUGACACUGACCCGGACCCAGAUGCACAACGCGGGAUUUGGGCCACUCACUGACCUUGUGUUUGCCUUCGCGGGGCAGCUUCUGCCGCUGCAGCUCGAUGACACCGAGACUGGGCUGCUCAGUGCCAUCUGCCUCAUCUGUGGGGACCGGAUGGAGCUGGAGCAGCCCCGCCAUGUGGAGCGGCUGCAGGAGCCACUGCUCGAGGCUCUCCGGGUCUAUGCCCGGCGCCGGCGCCCACGGCAGCCACAGCGUUUCCCCCGGAUGCUGCUCAAAAUCACUGACCUGCGUGGCAUCAGCACCAAGGGGGCAGAACGUGCUAUCACCCUGCGCACAGAGAUCCCAGGGCCGAUGCCCCCCCUGAUCCGGGAGAUGCUGGAGAACCCCGAAAUCUUCACUGAGGUGGGGGGGGAUGGUCUCCCCCCACCCCCAGACCCCCCUGCCGCCCAGGACAGUCCCCCUGGCCCCCCCAAAUCCCCAUAGCCCCCCCCUCUGCCCCCAGCUCAGGGGGGGAUCUCGAAUGCCCCUCCCCAACGGGGUGGAACAUUCAGAGCUGCCUUCCAGGGCACCCCCUUUUGCUCUGGGGAGGGGGAACUCCCCAGAGUGCCCCCCUCCUAAUUUGGGGAAGGGGGCAGAGACUGACAGAACAAAGCUAUUGCCUUAAACUGAGGGGGUCUGGGGGCACCCCCCCAAACCUCAGCUUCACGCCAAAGCCCCCUCAGACUCUGCUGCCACCCCCCCUUGUACUAGGAAGGACAUGAGGGGAGUUUGGGGGCCCAGCCCCUACUCUCCAAAUUAAUGCCUGACACUCCUGGGGUGCCCCUCCCAUGGUUUAUUUAUUGGACACAGGGUGGAUUUGGGGUGGGGGACACCCCCAUUCCCCUGUGGGACAUCCUAGCCCCCCCAGUCUGGGGGGACCCCGUUUAAAUGGGGGGGGGGGGGCUGUUUGUGGGUUUUACUUUUUGAUGCUGUUGGGGUGGGGAGGGACACCCCAAAAUUGCCCUCGCCCAGUGCCCCUCCCCAAACACUAGAGACCAAAGAUGGGGGACACAAAGUUACCCCCACAACCCCCUCCCCAUUUCAGGGUGGGGGCUCAAGCCAUAGGGUGACCCCACAAUCCUGGGGUUCUACCCAGACCCAACUGCCCUCCCUAAUCUGUUACCCCCAGCCUAGCUGGAUGAUGAAGUUUGGCCUUACUGGCUCUCUCUACAACUGUCCCCCCUACAUUUUCCUCCCUGAAUUUGGGGGUGCAGAGCCCUCAGGGGGAGCCUGUUACACUAGACAGAGGGGUGUCCCCCCCAGGGCUGCACUUUCACCCCUAUUUAUUCCUCUGCGUUUACAUCGGGGUCCCCCCCAAAGGGGGCCCUCCCCGCUGCUGCUCCCCUGCUAACUCCCCCCUUCUUGGGGGGCCCCCCUGCCAUGUUUACAGCCCACCCACCUCCUCCCAUCCUGGGGAGAGGACACGGGACUUUUCUAUUUUUGCAAAAUAAAGUUAUGGAAAUUU